AUGCAGUCAGGUACCGGCCCUGCUCAUUGGAUGGCUCCUGAGGUUUUCACAUGUCACUAUACGGAGAAAGCAGACAUCUUCUCCCUCGGUGUUCUAUUCAACGCAAUCCUUGUUCGAGACUUCGCUUACUCGGCUAACGAGAGGCGAUGGUACGGCGCAUUCGUGAAGGUUUCUGGUGGAGUAAAACUUGGCCUCGGGUAUGCGAUGGCAAUACUCGGUCCAGCGGCCAUGACCGAGUUCGUUCAUGAUCACAAGCUGAGCGAGGAGAAUGGAUUCCGAGGUUUGAUAAUAGAUACUCUGAAUUAUGUCCCGCAGGAAAGACCCAGAGCCGAAGAAAUUUACUACAGAAUUGAGGAAAUCGCCACAAAUAUCCGUCUGCAAUGGUCUGAUGAGGAGCAUAUCCACGACAAGCGUUCAAAAGGAAGGAAAGUGCGUAGGCCGAGAAUGAGGAACAAGUGCUUGAUUAGUUAG